AUGAAACUCUCAUUUGCUCUCCUCGGCGGGCUCUUCGCCCUGGCAUCCGCCCAUCAGUGCGGCACCAAGCCUAACGCCGACAUCAAGGCCCUGCACGCCUCCCUCGCCGCCAACAACGGCACCAGGCGCCGGGACCAAUACCGCCGGCCUGCCGGCGAGCCGUUCCAGAUCCCGACCUUCUUCCACGUCAUCACCUGCGGCAAUCAGACGACGCCCGGGUUCUGCAACGGAACGGUGACCGUCGGUAACUUGACGUACCCUCGUAUGCAAACCGUCGUGUCGCCCAAGGCCGUCGAAGACCAGCUCGCUGCCCUCAACACCGCCUACGCACCAGCCGGCUUCUCCUUCGUCCUCAACGACACCGCCUUCGUGCCCGCUCCCCAGUGGCGCGACCUCGAAAUCCUCGGCGACGCCGAAAAGGCCAUGAAGACGGCGCUGCGCCGGGGCGACUACGCCACGCUCAACGUCUACGUCACGCCCAUCGCCCCUGACGCCGAAGCUGGAAGCAUUGUCGGCUACGCCACCUUCCCAGGAAGAGCCAGCAAGGCCGCCUUUGCUAGGGACGGCGUCGUCGUCGACUCCGCUACGCUGCCCGGCGUGGACAAGCCGCCGUUCAACCGCGGCAUGACGCUCGUCCACGAGGUCGGGCACUGGCUCAGCCUGCUUCACACCUUCGAGGCCCCCGAUGAUGCGGACGACGAGGACCCGCUGGCCGGCUGUCGCGGGCCCGGCGACUACAUGUACGACACCCCCGCCGAGGGCACCUCGGCGACCGGUUGCGAGAUUGGCCGGGACACGUGCACGGGAAGCAUCGAGGCCGAGAACACCUGGUCGAUGCCCGGCCCGGACCCCAUCCACAACUACAUGGACUACUCGUACGACGCAUGCCUGUACGAGUUCACGCCGAUGCAGGUGGAGCGCAUGGCGGAGGUGUACGUCGACGUGCGCAUCAACUACGUCGAGGGCACGUUUGAGGGGCCCGGACCGGACGAGGAGCUGGAGAGGGAGGCCCAGGAAAAGGCUGCACAGGAAAAGGCCGCCCGGAAAAAGGCCGCCCAGGAAAAGGCUGCCCGGAAAAAGGCGGCGCAGGACAAGUUCAUCGACCGCCGCCCGUUGCCGAGCAAGUAA